AUGUUCUCGGCUGCUCGCUCAGAUACCCUUUUUCUCGGCGGAGAGAAAGUCAGUGGCGAUGAUGUCAGAAACCAGAACGUCAUGGCUGCUCUUUCUGUCGCCAAUGUCGUCAAGUCGUCCUUGGGCCCGGUAGGUUUGGACAAGAUGUUGGUCGAUGAUAUUGGAGACGUGACCGUCACCAACGACGGUGCCACUAUUUUGUCGCUCUUGGAUGUCCAGCACCCAGCAGGUAAGAUCUUGGUGGAGUUGGCCCAGCAGCAAGACCGUGAGGUUGGAGAUGGUACCACGUCGGUUGUGAUCAUUGCAUCUGAAUUGUUGAAAAGAGCAAAUGAAUUGGUCAGAAACCAAAUACAUCCUACCACCAUCAUCACAGGCUACAGAUUGGCGUUGAGAGAGGCUAUCCGGUUUAUCAAAGAGGUUCUCUCGCAAGACGUGAACGAUUUGGGUAAGGAAUGUAUGGUGAGCAUUGCUAAGACGUCGAUGCUGUCGAAAAUCAUUGGCUCUGACUCGGAUUUCUUUGGUAGAAUGGUGGUGGAUGCCAUGUUGGCCGUCAAGACCACCAACCCUAAAGGUGAGACCAAAUACCCCGUUAAGGCCGUCAACAUCUUAAAGGCACACGGUAAAUCUUCCACAGAGUCCAUUUUGGUGGAUGGAUAUGCAUUGAACUGUACUGUUGCAUCGCAGGCUAUGGUGAAGAGCGUGAAAAACGCCCGUAUCGCGUGCUUGGAUUUGAACUUACAGAAGGCUCGUAUGGCGAUGGGUGUGCAAAUCAACAUCGACGAUCCAGAUCAGUUGGAGGAGAUCAGAAAGCGUGAAUAUGGCAUCAUCAUCGAGCGCAUCCGCAAGAUUAUCAACGCCGGUGCAAAUGUGGUGUUGACCACCAAGGGUGUCGAUGACUUGUGCUUGAAGGAGUUUGUUGAGGUGGGUGCUAUCGCCGUCAGAAGAUGUAAGAAGGAGGACUUGAGAAGAAUCGCCAGAGCCACUGGUGCCACGCUCGUGGGAACCUUGGCCAACUUGGAGGGCGAAGAGACUUUUGAGUCGUCCUACUUGGGUCAGGCCGAGGAGGUUGUACAGACGAAAAUCAGUGACGAUGAAUGUAUCUUAAUCAAGGGUACCAAGCAGCACUCGUCCUCGUCAAUCAUCUUGCGUGGACCUAACGACUACUCGUUGGAUGAGAUGGAGAGAUCGAUCCAUGACUCAUUGUGUGUGGUGAAGAGAGCAUUGGAGAGUGGAAACGUUGUUCCUGGAGGAGGAGCUGUGGAAGCUGCGCUUAACAUAUAUUUGGAGAGUUUUGCUACCACUGUAGGCUCCAGAGAACAGUUGGCUAUUGCUGAGUUUGCCAAUGCCUUGUUGAUCAUACCAAAGACUUUGGCGGUUAACGCUGCCAAGGACUCGUCCGAUUUGAUUGCCAAGUUGAGAACAUACCACGCGGCAUCCCAGACAGCAAUGAAGGGCGACUUAAAGCGCAAGAAGUACAAGAACUACGGGUUGGACUUGAUCAACGGACGCAUUGUCAACGAGGUAUUGCACGGUGUGUUGGAGCCCACCGUGUCGAAGAUCAAGUCGUUGAAAUCUGCCUUGGAGGCAUGUAUUUCCAUUUUGAGAAUCGAUACCAUGAUCACGGUUGCUCCGGAGCCUCCUAAGGAAGAUCCUCAUCAACAUUAA